ACAGCGUGACGUCAUGUUCGCCCGGCUGGCGAAGGAAGAGGACGCCAUGAUUGGUUGGCGCUGGGGCGGCGGGCGGUGGAAGGGCCUGGCGGUUCUGGAUUUCACGCCUGUGCUGGACUUUUUCCUUCCAUGUUUCCAGGCCGUGGGGAGCUGCAGAGGGCGAGGAGUCGACUCAGCGGAAAGCUGGAUUUGGUUCUAAGCCGCGGAGUUGAGAAGGGGUGACCGGAAGUGAUCGUGGGACUGACCGGAAGCGAGGCCUGGAGGGGAAAGAGAGCGCGAUCCCUGGGAGGGAGGGGGCCUCCAGCAGAAGGGGGCGGGGGAAAAGGUCCAAAAGCAGCGUGGGAGCGCCGGGCUGUCUUCCUGCGGCUGCUCCUGGUCUGUCUGGGAAGCAGCAAGCCACCCCUACUAGCUCAAGGGGAUAUCCUGCUAAGUGGGAGUGCGGGAGUCCAGAACUGCCUCUGGGAAGUCUGCGGUAGUUGAGCAAAGGGAGCCUCACGUUCUCGAGAGCUCGGCAGGGGAGAUUUUGGAGCCUGGGGCAGCCAAGAGCGAUCAGCCAAAGAUUCGGGAGAUAAUUGUGCGAGCAGUGCUGGUAGGGUUUGGGGGUGGCUGGUGGGUACUGCGUGGGAAACCUUGGUUUGUAGUUUUCUACUGUCUUGCCCCUGUUGGGUAGAAUUACCCUCCGCGCCUUUGUACAAGACACGGUGUCUCCUGGGGCAAGGAAGGAGCCAGGAUGGCCUGGGCUCUGAAGCUGCCUCUGGCCGACGAAGUGAUUGAAUCCGGGUUGGUGCAGGACUUUGAUGCUAGCCUGUCCGGGAUCGGCCAGGAACUGGGUGCUGGUGCCUAUAGCAUGAGUGAUGUCCUUGCAUUGCCCAUUUUUAAGCAAGAAGAGUCAAGUUUGCCUCCUGAUAAUGAGAAUAAAAUCCUACCUUUUCAAUAUGUGCUUUGUGCUGCCACCUCUCCAGCAGUGAAACUCCAUGAUGAAACUCUAACAUAUCUCAAUCAAGGACAGUCUUACGAAAUUCGAAUGUUAGACAAUAGGAAACUUGGAGAACUUCCAGAAAUUAAUGGCAAAUUGGUGAAGAGUAUAUUCCGAGUGGUGUUCCAUGACAGAAGGCUACAGUACACUGAGCAUCAGCAGCUAGAGGGCUGGAGGUGGAACCGACCUGGAGACAGAAUUCUUGACAUAGGUGAGUUAAAAGAGAAUCUAUUGCCUAGGAAAUGCCUUUUGCUAUGGGCUGAGAAUUGGUUUUCUUCAUGUGUCAUGGACUCAUCCUUUCAUUUUAAAUGUUUCUUUAGAAAUGGUUCACCAAACCACCAGCCAGAGCCACCCCCUCCAGUCACAGAUAACCUCUUACCAACAACCACACCUCAGGAAGCUCAGCAGUGGUUGCAUCGAAAUCGUUUUUCUACAUUCACAAGACUUUUCACAAACUUCUCAGGGGCAGAUUUAUUGAAAUUAACUAGAGAUGAUGUGAUCCAAAUCUGUGGCCCUGCAGAUGGAAUCAGACUUUUUAAUGCAUUAAAAGGCCGGAUGGUGCGUCCAAGGUUAACCAUUUAUGUUUGUCAGGAAUCACUGCAGUUGAGGGAGCAGCAGCAACAGCAGCAGCAACAGCAACAGAAGCAUGAGGAUGGAGACUCAAAUGGUACUUUCUUCGUUUACCAUGCUAUCUAUCUAGAAGAACUGACAGCUGUUGAAUUGACAGAAAAAAUUGCUCAGCUUUUCAGCAUUUCCCCUUGCCAGAUCAGCCAGAUUUACAAGCAGGGGCCAACAGGAAUUCAUGUGCUCAUCAGUGAUGAGAUGAUACAGAACUUUCAGGAAGAAGCAUGUUUUAUUCUGGACACAAUGAAAGCAGAAACCAAUGAUAGCUAUCAUAUUAUACUCAAGUAGGAGGGCGGCAUUUCGUACUCAGUGGCUGCUGCUUCUUCACCUCUGAAAACGGCCCUCUCCAAGGGAGAUAUGAAUGGAGAUUUGAAGGUCUGCAGGAACCUGACUCAUCUGACUGUGUGUGGAGGAGUCUAGGCCACGGAGGCAGAAUCCUGGCCCUCUGUGUUGGCCCAAGCUCUUGUGGCACACACAGAUUACUGCCCAAUAUGCAGUUCUGCAGCUAUUUCUUAGUUAAAAUUUCUGGACCUUGUUGUUAUUGAAUAUCAAUAGGAACUCUACAUCAUUUAGAUUGUAUGUAGGGCAUAAUGAUGAUGGGAAUUGUGUGAUGUUUAACAGAAAGGUCUUAAAUUUUGUGAUAUGGAGCCAUGUAAUUUUUUUCUUAUAUAAAAAUGGGUAUCUAUAUUCAUAAGAUGAGGUCUUCAAUCUCUUUGUACUGGUCUCAAAUGUACUGGUAUCUCUGCUUUUUGCCACAGUUUGUCCCUGAAAUUUUUAUCAGUGAGGAAAAAUACAGAGAUGGAAUUUUUCUUUUGGUUGCCCUGUAAUACUACAACUAAUAGUGUUUUCGGCUAACAUUUACUGAUCAGGCAGUGUGAUAAAUGUUUUGAAUGAUCAUCUUGUUUAAUCUCCCUAAUCACACUAUCUGAAGUAGGUGCUAUAGUGACCCACAACCGAAGAUGAGGAAAUGGAGACACAGUGGCUAAGUAGCUUGCCAGGUACCAGAAGCUGAAUCCAAACCAGGCAACCUGGCCUUUCUUAUUCACCCUCUAUAUGCCACCUUUAUAGCCUGUGUUCAGUUAUUACUGUGGCCCUUCUGGUGAGUAGGACAUAACACUGAGUAUGAACUGAGGAAUUAACCACUGAAAGAGGCAAAGCACACCUAAAUAAUGUCGAACAAAUCAAGACCUACAAAAUAUGAAUACAUAGAUGCUUUUUAAGUGUCAUCAGUUAUCAGAAUCGAAGAACUUGAGGUGGUGACAACUCAGGAUUAUCUGUAACUCCCACAUUCACCAUCCUUGAAGGACAUUCUCAAACUAUUUAUUAAUGAGUUAGUCUCAUCCCUGCUUUCUGUUUCCCCUCUCUGCAUCUUCUCUUGGUAUAGGAAGUUAUUUUACUCAUGCAGUGUUUUUAAUAUAAGCUUUACAGAAAAAGAUGCAUUCCCUUCCUGUUCACACUCUUACCAUGUUUUCAUUCUUCCUUAAGAGAGAGAGAGAGAGAGAGUGUGUGUGUGUGUGUGUGUGUGUGUGUGUGUAAGUGUAGCAUCAUGGAUUUUCUUUCUUCAUUUGUAAGUUUUAUCCAGAAAUACUUUUACAGGUUAUGUGGGUAAACAACGAUAAUGUUCUAAGAUUGUGUAUUGAUGUGUGUGUGUGUGUGUGUGUGUGUGUGUGUGUGUGUUUAAAGCGUUUGAUAAGGUUUAAAUGUUUUUUAUACAGAGAUUUUUGUUCAUUAAAAUUAAUCUGCAUCAUGGUCUAA